AGCCACGUUUUUAUCUGAUAGGCGCCUUUCCCGAACCAAAAUGAUCCUUUUUUCUCGUUGUUCCCUUUUCGCUCCUGCGUCCGUGUCGCUUUCCACGCGUCAAGGUACUAUUAACUUGCAGAUGUAUUGUCACACGCUGUCGAGCCCGUCUGACACAGCCAUGGGUUCUGCAUCAUGCUCGACAUUGACACGAUAUGGAUAGCAUAUUAUAUAUAUAUAUAAUUGCGGCUAGUUUGCUCCACAGUUGCUGCGCAGGAAAUGCCGGUAGUAAGAGUUGAGGGCUCUUUACCGUAUUACCUACGAAGAAUGCAGAAUAAUUCUAGCGCGAAGGUGGAGAUUAGAAAAAUCACGCUGCAAGACGAUGUUUGGAUGUGGGAAGAAGAGCCCAAGACAAGGACCAUAGAAAUAGAAUCGUCGGCAGCCAAAAUGAUAAAAACUAAGAUGAACGAGCUGAAAACGGUAAAGACGACGCCAGCUAUGUUCCGAAAAAUUUUUGUGGAGGUGAUCACCGCGAUCGAAGAGGAAAAAACAAAGGAGCAGCACGUCGAGGAGUCUCUUCAGGAAGAACUUGCUGAGGCUCCUGCGCUAAUUCAGGAGGAGGAGGCACGAGUAGCAGAAAGUUGAAACAUGUGACAAGCAAUGAGCACGUUGAGGAAAGGAGGAAGGCCAAGCCUUCAAGCUAGUCAAGUGAAAAGAAGCACAGAAGUAGGGCAGAAACAGGGCGCGUCUCUUGUUACAGUUAUGUGAAAAACUGCAAGUUUGAGACUCCCGGUUAACUUAUUGAGAUGGUUCUUGCGACAAAUGUGCGUCGCUUGCUUGACUCGGAUCGCGAGUCUUGUUUUCCUUUCUCUGCG